AUGUCUCGCAACAUCUCUGUUGCCGUCUACGGUGUCAUCAUGACGGCUGGCGUCAUUGCGCUGACCGUGCUCAACAUCAUGGGUACAACCUACCAGCUGCUCUACGGCUGCGUCAGCAUCUCGGUUAUCCUGUGCGCGACCGGCUUCCUCUGCAUCCCUAUGACGAUCAUGAAGGCCAACUUCUUCGGGUGGUGCCAGCAGGUGUGCUACAUCCUCAUCUCUGGCGGGACGGACAACUUCUGCAUGUCGGAUGCCAGCUGUCUGCCGGACGGGCCACACUUCUCUCAGACAUUCUACAACACCGUCGGCGCCGUCAUUGGCAACGCUGCCGGCGUGCUUGGUGUGUACCUGUUCGCGCGCGUCUUCUCGAAGCAGAGCUACCGCGUCACGCUAAUCUGCACCACUCUUGUCCAGAUUCUUGCAAGCAUCUUUGACAUCAUCAUUGUCGAGCGAUGGAACUUGUACAUCGGCAUCCCGGACCACGCCAUGUACAUCAUGGGUGAUGCUAUCGUGUACGAGGUGUGCAAGAUGCUGAACUUCAUGCCACUGAACAUGCUCAUCUCGCGCCUCUGUCCGAAGGGGUGUGAGAGCACGAUGUUUGCAAUUUUGGCGAGCUUCAGCAACAUGGGUGCAUCGACGUCGUCCACGAUUGGCGCGAUUCUGAUGGAAACGGUGUGGCCUCUCUCCUCCAGCCUGCCGUGCGACUUCAGCAACCUGCGCUGGCUGCACAUCUCCGGCCACUUCAUCACACCGCUCAUCGCCAUUCCACUAGCGUCUGUGCGCAUCCCAGGCACCAGCAUUCGCAGCUCCCUGGCCUCGAAGGAGAGGACACCUCUAUUGUCUACAAGGGGCCGAUUACGAAUGGAAAGGGGCUUGCGUCUGGAAAGGACAAGGAUCCCGUCCUGA